AUGGUCAAGUCAUCCACCGCAGUCAUUACCCUGCUCGUGGCCAUGGCGACGGCAGCACCUAUUCCCAUCGGGGCCAAAAACACUCCCUCCCACUUGAACGAUAACAAGCCCCGGCUAGAGGCCCCAACGCUCGCCAAUCUCCUCCUGAAUCCGGAUCUUUUCAAGUCUUUUAAUUUUUCUGGUCUGGUUAAGCCUGUCGGAGACGCACUCACUCCCCCUCCACCUUGA